UUAGCUAGCUCAUCUCAGACUUGAAUGAUCCUCACUGUACUCUAAUCUCUAGGCUUCAAGUGGCCGCUUUCCAGCAGAGUCAAACAAGAACGCAAGAAUCAGCAAUCACUAGCUGAUCCUGCGGAGAGAAGAAUUAAGCAAGGUGGAAGGUGCCAGUUACUCUGCGUCGUGAUGGGUGGGCUCUUCUCUUGUCCUGUGGAGGAUGAAACUGCGGCGGAAGGUGGCCUUCCGGCGCCGGCAACGGGGUACGGCAAUGCCGGGGAGCCGACGGUCCUGAAGGCGUCGCUGGGUUCCGGCAAGCUCUGGAUCGAGGGUUCGCUGAGCUUCAAGCGGGAGCAGCAGAGCCCGAGCGCGCUCCUGCAGGUCGAGACCAAGGUCUCCAUCACGUCGCCGCGCGCCAACGCCGCCGAGGCGCCCGUGCCGAUGCCGAGGGAGCUCUCGUGGAUGAGGUUCGCUAACGCGGCGGCGAGCGCGAGCCCGCCGGAGAGCCCGAAGCACGAGUCGGCGGCGGUGACGGUGCAGAAGGUGUACAAGAGCUUCCGAACGCGCCGCCGGCUCGCCGACUGCGCCGUGCUCGUCGAGCAGAGCUGGUGGAAGCUGCUGGAUUUCGCGCUGCUCAAGCGCAGCUCCGUCUCAUUCUUUGACAUCGAGAAGCAGGAGUCCGCGGUGUCCAAGUGGUCAAGGGCAAGAACCAGAGCCGCCAAGGUCGGAAAGGGGUUGUCUAAGGACGAGAAAGCCCAGAAACUCGCAUUGCAGCAUUGGCUCGAAGCUAUUGACCCGCGCCACCGGUAUGGUCAUAAUCUUCACUACUACUAUGACUGCUGGCUGCAGUGCGAAAGCAAAGAGCCCUUCUUCUACUGGCUUGAUAUUGGAGAAGGCAAGGAAAUCAAUCUUGAAGACCGAUGCCCGCGGUCGAAGCUUCUGAGCCAGUGCAUCAAGUAUCUCGGUCCGAAGGAAAGAGAGGAUUACGAGGUUGUAAUUGAGGAUGGCAAGAUCAUGUACAGGAACAGCAGGCAAAUCCUCGACACAUCGGGCGGACCCAGAGACGCAAAGUGGAUCUUUGUUCUAAGCACAUCCAAGAAUUUGUAUGUUGGGCAGAAGAAGAAGGGCACAUUUCAGCAUUCCAGCUUCCUCGCCGGAGGGGCUACAUCUGCUGCCGGUCGACUUGUUGUUGAAGAUGGAAUUCUGAAGGCUAUUUGGCCUCACAGCGGUCAUUACCGCCCAACCGAAGAGAACUUCCAGGAAUUCCAGAGCUUCCUCAAAGACAACAAUGUUGAUCUCACUGACGUCAAGAUGAGCCCGGAUGAAGAGGAUGAGGAGUUCUGGGGCAGGCUCAAAAGCAUCCUUUCCGACCUGCACACCGCCGGUGACAAACCUGAAGACCACGACACGGUUGCUGCUCAAGAAACCGGCCGUUGCCAGGCACCUCAACCCACCGAAGCCACCGCAACUGAAGAGGCCUCAACACAUGAGCAAAGCAGCAAUACUCCCAGUCCUAUUGCGACAAUCACAAGGCAAGCUUCAGCCGAAGACGACGCCGAGACGUCGACUGCUAGCGACGGCACCCUAACUGAAGACCAUCAGGAGGAGAACGACGACGACCAGUCGGCCGUGCCGAGGGAGAAGAUCCUGCAGAGGAUCAGCUCGAAGGAGGCCAAGUCGUACCAGCUGGGGAAGCAGGUGUCCUUCAAGUGGACCACGGGCGCCGGGCCGCGGAUCGUGUGCGUCAGGGACUACCCGUCGGAGCUCCAGCACCGGGCGCUGGAGCAGGUGCACCUGUCACCGAGCAGCAGCGGCAGGGCGUCGUCGUCCCGGUUCGCCUCGCCGCAGAGGGCAAGCAGCCCGAUGGCGAGAGGGUGCUGCGAGCCGUUCACGCCGCCGAGGGAGGCGUUCCGCACGCACCUGCAUCAGGGGCUGCUGAUCAGGUGAUCGGGAGUUCAGCAUACGAUGAAUGGAGAGAGUUUUUCUUGAUCUUUUUGGUGGGAUUGUGCAUACAAGAAAGAACAAAGGGAGAGUACAAAAUGCUUCCCGUGUAGAACUUGUAGAGUGAUAUAAUACGUGAUCAAUACAAAUUCUUUCAUUCUUCGUACCUGUACUCACUGAUGAAAAU